GAAAUUCCUAUCGAGAGAAGGCCCAGCAUCUACCGGUCGGUGACCAUCAACACCUCCAAGGAGAUGAGCUGCUACAGCGAUUUUCCCGUCCCGGACCAUUUCCCCAACUACAUGCACAAUUCCCAAGUCCUGGAGUAUUUGAGGAUGUUCGCCACGCACUUCGACCUUCUGAAAUACAUCCGUUUUAAGACCGAGGUGGUCAGCGUGAGGAAGCGGCCGGACUUCCCUUCCAGCGGCCGAUGGGAGGUGACGACGGAGGCCGCCGGGGAGAAAGAGUCCCACGUCUUCGACGGCAUCCUGGUCUGCAACGGGCAUCACACCGACCCCCACUUGCCGCUGGACUCGUUCCCCGGCAUAGAGAAGUUCCGGGGUCGCUACUUCCACAGCCGGGAAUACAAGAGUCCGGAGGGUUUCCGGGGAAAGCGAAUCCUCGUCAUCGGGAUCGGGAACUCCGGAGCGGAUAUCGCCGGGGAGCUCAGUCGUGUGGCCGAGCAGGUCUACCUCAGCACCAGGCGUGGGGCCUGGAUUUUGCACCGGGUGUGGGAACACGGCUAUCCGCUGGACAUUUCCUUCUUCACUCGAGUCAACCAUCUGCUCCGGAAAACCUUACCCUCCAGACUGAUCGACAGCCACCUAGAGAAGAUCUUAAAUUCGAGGUUUAACCACGCGCACUACGGUCUGCUGCCUCAGCACAGCCCCCUCAGCCAACACCCGACCGUCAGCGACGGCCUUCCCGACCUCAUCAUCUCCGGCAAAAUCGUGGUGAAAGGCAACGUGGAGGAGUUCGCCGAGACCGACGCCGUCUUCGAGGACGGCACCCGAGAAGGCCCCCUCGACGUGGUGGUCUUCGCCACUGGCUACGCCAUCUCCUUCCCAUUCCUGGAAGGCGUGAUCCCCGUCAGAGAGAACCAGGUGUCCCUCUACAAACUGGUGUUCCCCCCAGCCCUGGAGAAGCCAACGUUGGCCGUCAUAGGCCUCGUUCAGCCGCUGGGGAUCGUCUUACCCCUCACGGAGCUCCAGUGCCGUUGGGCCGCCCGCGUCUUCAAGGGGUUAAGCCGACUUCCUUCGACGAAAAUCAUGACGGCCGACAUCGACAAGCGGAAGGAGGCCAUGGAGAAACGGUACGUGCGGUCGGGGCGGCACACGAUCCAGGUGGACCACGUGGAGUACGCGGACGAGGUGGCGGAGCAGAUCGGGGCGCGGCCGGGCCUCCUCCGCCUCCUCCUGAGGGAUCCGGCGCUGGCCCUGCACGUGGCGCUGGGCCCCUGCACGCCUUUCCAGUACCGCCUGGUCGGGCCGGGCCGCUGGCCUCCCGCCCGCCACACCAUUCUCACCCAGCACCAGCGGGUGCUCCGACCCCUGAGCACGAGGCGCCUCGGCCCCACCGGCCCGCCCGCGCCGGGGCCGGCCUGGGGUGGAGCCGUCCGGGUGGGCCUGGCCUUUCUGGCCGGCCUCGUCUCCUACUACCGCUCCGGGAAACCCUCCGCGAAGCCCUGA